GUGUCUCUUAAUUUCGGAAGAAGGGAAUGAGAGAGGGGGGGAGAGGAGAUUUUAAUCACUCCUGUCGCUUUAAGGACACUUAUCAAAGCCUUAUUAUGCGAAUAGAAAAUACCACGAGCCGCUGAGCAACUGAGCAGCCAGGGGACGGACCGGAGUGGAUUUACAGGGAAAACUCCACAUGAUCUGAGCUGGAAUAGACCGCUUCAUCGCCUCAUGGAGUUUGAUUACACACCGGAUGGCUGUCUCACUCGGACGCUUCGGAUCAUUUAGGAAAAUAUUGUGCGUAAGUAGCUCUCAGACUUGGGAUCCUCUUUGCCCCUGAAGCGCAGAGAGGAGUAUGGCUUAAAAAACUCAACGGGGAUACUGGAUUAUUAUUAUUAUUCACUCAUCCGACGGCCACGAUCGAGCCGUGCUUGUUCGCCAGGCGGGUUUGUUCCGGACGGAUAGUCUCCGUGUGUUUGACAGCCUUGGAUCAUGGGCUGGUGGAAAACAACAACGGGCAGCGACAUGGUUCCUCUGCGCUGUCUGCGCUAUGCAGCGAGCUGAGGCUUUAACGCAGCCUGUUCCUGUGCCGAUGCAACAAAAGUUACUAAGCGAGUGUAAUGCUUGGAUUUUCACCGUUUUGCCGUUUUGCACCUGCUUUAGCGGAUUCCGCGUCGACACGGCGCAGAUUCGUGACAGAAUAACGCGUGGAUCCGCGUCGCUUUGCUCCGUGUGUCUCGCCUCUGUGGGAUACUUGAACAUUUGCUUGUUGUAAUGGAGAUCGGGGAGGUUUAUAGUCAAGGUCAUUGAGUGCUAUAAGGCUCUAUUUGCCUUGUUAUUUACACACACACACACACGCAGCGCUGCGUUCACGUUACAGCGCAGCCUGUGAUUGUCAGUCCGGUGUGUGUUAUUUGUUAUUACACGGCGCAGCGGGGCGUUUGGAGCGAGCACCGACUGUCUGUGGAGUUACAUUUAGAUUUUCUGCUUUUUGACACCGCGAGCUACCCUCCAGCGACAUGGACGGCAAACUGAAGCAGGGUCGGAGAUGUCGCUCCAAGAAGCGGGAGAGGGUGCGGAGGUUGCGGGAGGCAGGGAGCAGGGACGCCCGCAGCCCCGACCCCAACUCCUCCUGCUCCGACAGGGAGGGACGCAGCCCGGGGAGGGACGCCGCCUCCCUGCCCGGUAAAAAGGCGCCGCGCCCCGCAGCCGCCGCCAGAGCCCCGCGUCCCCCCCGGCGGAAGAGACGGGAGUCCAGCUCGCAGGAGGAGGAUAUCAUUGAUGGAUUUGCUAUAGCCAGCUUCAUCAGUCUGGAUCGUCUGGAGAAGAAGACCAGGGUUGUGAAGACACAGGAGAAGAAGGAGAGGUGGAAGGAGAAAAAGGUGGCGAAGCGGCAGAAGAAGGAAGACGAGGAGGUGGAGGAAGAAGAGGAGAAUGUCCAGCCCGUGGUAGAUCCGCUGGAGAACGGCUUCCUCCAUCACGCCCAGCGGGAGCAAGAGAGGAUGAAUGAGCGGCUGCUGAAGAAGACUUACUCCAAGAAGAACAAAAUGAUCAAACCUUUGGUGCUACGUCCAGUCAAAGUCAGUGAGGAUGAGACGAUGCAGGAGCUCAGCCGACCGCACAGGAGCAACUCCAAGGAGCAGCUCAGCGAGAGUUCCACUCACUCGCUGUCAGGCCGCGGCUACUCGGUGCAGCCAGCAGCAGUGGCCCUCCUCAAGUGUGACAGCGAGAGUGACAUUGACGACAAGGUGUCUGAUGUAGGAUCAGAGAAGCUCUUUUCCCCUACCACACCCAAAGGUGUGCCACCGAAUGAGAUUCCCGAGUCCAAGACUUGUAGCUCAGCCAAAGUAUCCGGGCUCCAGCGCAGCCAGGAGCAAAGCAACAGUGAGGUGCCCUUCGCGCCUCCUGUGCCCAGCCCCACCCCGGCGUCCGCGCCCACGGGCUCCCCGGCCCCCGCUGCAGCAGCGGCCCCUCCAGAACCUCCCAGGUCGCGCCUCCCCACACCACCUCCUCUCAGCGUCAAGAAGGAGCAGCCUUUGCCCCCUGUCCCUACCCCUCCCCUGUUGAAGGCGCCGCCCCAUCCCCAACCCCACCCUCCCCACCCUCACCUGCACCCUCACCCUCACCCGCACCCGCACCCUCACCCUCACCCGCACCCUCACCCGCACCAGGAGCCACGUGUUCUUCUGCCCCCGCAGCACCAUACACGGCCAGUAAUCAGCCACCAGCUGCAUCACCCGCUACAGUACAGCAGCCUCCACGACAUCAGCCACAGGAGCAGUCCAGUGGGUCUUCCCAAACAACACUUGCCCCCAUCCCCUCACCACCACCUCAGUGGACUCCCGUCCUCAGCCCCUGCCUUGCCUCUGUCCAUAGCCAAUCUCUCUACCUCGCAUUAUUCCUCUCUACGGAGCCCGGCCCAUCGCCAUCCGGCCAUGUUUGCAACCCCAGCCACACUGCCUCCACCACCGACCUUACCGACCAACAGUUUAGUGGUGCCCGGGCACCCCGCCGGCACCCCCUACCCAGAUACCAGCCUGUUGAUAUCAUUCAACCAACCAAUCAUGUAUUGCCAGCCUCAUUCGGGGAUUCUGAUUGGCACAUUGUCACAGGCAACUCUCUUACCACCACCAAUGAGUCCCCACGUAGAAAACCCUCACAGCAUGAGCUGGAGAAACAGAGAAUGCCAGUUCGACAAAUACACACCCAAACUGGACAAUCCAUUCAUCAGACAUUCAAACUUCUUCCCCUCCUACCCCCCCACCAUGCCAGGCAUGCCCCCGCUGCUCCCACACUCAGGACCCUUCAGCUCGCUGCAAGGAGCCUUCCAGCCCAAGGCAUCUAAUCCAAUCGACGUAGCUGCACGUCCUGGAGCAGUACCUCACACACUCCUACACAAGGAUCCACGGAUAACAGAUCCAUUCAGGACAUCUGUUAGGAAACCUGGCAAGUGGUGUGCAGUGCAUGUCCAGAUCGCAUGGCAGAUCUACCACCACCAGCAGAAAAUGAAGCAAAUGCAGCUGGAUCCUCACAAACUUGACAUGAAUGGGAAGCUGGACCUGUUCAGUCGACCCCCAGGUCCAGGCGUCUUUCCAGGGCUCCCAUACCCCCACGACCUGGCACGACCCCUUUUCUCCUCCACAGGCUCUGGCCACCCAGCUCCCUCCCCCUAUGGCCCUGCCCCACAUCCCAGUGGCUUCCUGCCUCCUAGCCAUUUGGCAGGUAAGUAUCCUUUCAGUCGCUCCAGUUCCUUUGGCGGCCUCGGCAACCUUUCAAGCAGUGCCUUCGGAGGAUUAGGCAACCCCUCGCUUGGGUCCAACAGUAUGUUUGGCACCAAGGAGGGGCCGGGAGGACUGCCCACGUUUGGCAGCCCUCACCACGACACCUGGAACAGACUUCGACGCACCCCGCCUUCGUUCCCCACCCCACCGCAGUGGCCCAAGACCGCAGACACAGAGAGGAGCAACUCAGCCAACAGCCACGAAAGAGAGCGAGAGAGGGAGCGGGAAAGAGAGAGGGAGAGGGAAAGAGAGAAAAGAGACUCGUCCAUCGGAAAAGAGGAGAAGGAUAAAGACAGAGAUUCUGUGGAUCGUAACCGACACUCCAACCGCUCAUCUCCAGCCUCUGCACCAGUCAGCUACCAGAUCAGCAGCUUGAUUCGCUCAAACAGCCAGAACUCCAGUGACUCAGGUCGGCAUCAUAGCGGCAGUGUAGACCGGGUUCGUGAGGCGGAGAAGGAGCUGCUGGAGCGCCACAGAGAGUCUGAUGUGAAGGUGAAAGAGAGCCGCUCCCCUGGGAAGGAGAUGCUGGAGAGGAGAACCUCAGAAGACUCCAUCAAACCCUGUCAACGUUCUCCUUCUCCAUACUCAAAGGCGAUCAAUGAGCAGAGCUUAAAGAUGGUAGGUGGGCCCCCACCUACACUCAAGGACAGCGAGAAGAAAGAGCCCCCACCUGCAGACCUCCUCCACAAGGUGAAAAAUGACAUGAAGAUUAAGGAGGAGAGGAAGGAGGAGCAGGAGGUCAUGGUGGUGAGCUCUGAGCCAGCCCCCCACCCACAAGCCCAAGCUCUUUCUGCUCCCAUGGGUCAAUCUAUGAACCCGCACCACCACCACCCUCCUUUGUCUCAGCAGCAGCCUCUUCCCUCACCGCGUGGCAGUGACAUCCCAGCCCCUGGGCUACACGGUGUCCCCAUGGCACACUCACUGCCCCUGUCCAUGAGUGCCAUGCCCCAGAUGGGCAGUCUCAACGUGCUAGACCGGGCUCGUAUGGCUCCCUUCAUGGGUGUGAGCCCUCUGGCAGGUAGAGAGCGCUUGCCCCACCCGGCCUUCCCUUGGGACCCUCUCAGAGAGGCCUACCGUAGCCUGGACCUGCAGCGGCGCAUGGACUUCCAGCUCAGGGCAGAGCAAGGACAUCGCUUCCCUAGCAUGUACGAACAGGAACGGGCCUACCGCGAGAGGGAGGCUCAUGACUACUCUCACCACGAGCACCUCAUGGAGGUGCGCAGGGAGCACGAGAGGAUGAGGCAGCAGGCGGAGGAGCGAGAGCGCCAACACCUGCGGGAGGAGCUGGACAGAGCACGCCUCCAUCAGCUGCACCAGUCCCCUAUGGAGGGCCAUCUUCCCCACAUGCCCCCCUUUAUGCCCCACCUCAGCGGCAUGCCCUACCCUAGACUCAGCCCCUCCACAGGACACAACGGCCCUCUGAACAGAACACCCCCCACUGCCGCACUCAGUGCACCCCCACCCCUUGUGCCAGCCGGCAGUGCCAGGCCAGCCUCACCCAGGAGGACUACCCCCCUCACCACCACACAGGACCCAAGGGACUACUCCCCAUCUCGCAACCCCAAAGAGGUAGAGGCUCGGUAGCUCCUUAGAAACGUGCACAAAGUCUUACUAGACGCACUCACAAAACCCCACUCCCCUAAUCUGAAAUCCUCUAGUGAACAAAAUGCACUGCUCUUCACCAGAGGAGAGCAAAACUCCCUAAGGGAAAGGGAAUGAUUGUAAAGUAAAAGUAAAGGUGUGUAGGGCCGAUCAAGCACAUGCCAUGACUUUACUUUUAAUGGACUGGAGGCUCAAUAAUGUCGGCAGAGAACACAAAUAUGUGUAUGUUUAUAUCCGACUUAAAUAUUUGAUAAUUAUUAAUAUAUUAAUCCAAUAUCUUUUUUCAGCUUUGUGCGAAAAGAGAGGUCCUGAAAUGAGUUUGUACAUUUCCUAUCCUUGUUCCAUGUAUAGAUAUCAUUUCUAUGAAUUUUAUGUAUUUUGUGCAUAAGUCACACCUUUUACAAUAUUUAUCCCAGUUGAUUGUGAGACAUAUCCAUUAUGACCCACUGUAAAGACUGGAUUAUUGGUUUCAACCCUCAGUAAUUUAACCUCAUGGUACCAGGAUAUCCUCAAUGAUGACAAUGUACAAUGUUACAUUACCGAUUUGUUUUGUUCAUUUGUUUUGCCUUUGAGAUAUGCAGAUAAAUAUAUAUUAUGAGGUCUUCGUUCAGUCUCUGUAAAGAAAACUGAUGUAAAUAACUUGUUGAUAUUCCUUCGCUGCAAAAUUACCAUGUAAAUUUACUAGGCUUUUUAACCAUUUCUAGAAAAACAAAAUCAAAUGAAACAUGGGGGAAUCAUUUCCCCAUUGAAUAUCAUGGUAACAGACAAGCCUGGCCAAUGGAUAGGAAGUACGACAGGAGGGUGUUGCAAGGGGGCCUACAAGGAUCAUCUGCAAUCUAUGCAAAGCAGCACACAGCACCCUAAUGAAGAGAUCACCUGGAGGGAGCGAACUAUACUGAGGAUACCGAAAGAAACUUGGAUUAACACGUGUUUAUAUUUACCAAUGAAAUAAUGAUGAAUUAUUGAAAGACUUCCAAGUCACAAACUGGACCAGCCCUGGACAGAAAAGAAGGACACUUUUUAGUGGGUGGCAAAAGGACUUUCUCUGUCAACCUUGUGGUGUUGUGCAGUUGUUUUUCUUAGACUGUUGUAUACAAAGCAAGUAGAGUUUUAGGCCUGCAAAAAAUGAAAAUGAACAUUCAUGGUUUAAAAUGUACGGAAUAAAGUUUGGACCUAAUGUCA